CUGACAUAAUUCGGCCCAUUUGGUGUAGCUCGGCUCAUCCGCUCUUCCCAGCGAGUCAGUAGUCGACGUCCUCUGGAUCUCCAGUUUGUGAUCGCAUUUGGUUGCGGAAGAUGCCGGUUAGAGUGGAGAGCUCGACGCCUUCUCAAGAUUUGGGACAAGAUUCAAGUGCUGGACAUCCUCCGCCUCCUUCUUGUAGUCUUCUGAGUGCUGGGAGGGCUUUUUCUGGUACUCAAAAUGUUUCAAGCUUGCAAAAAGAUGAAGCAUGGAAGGUUAAUGUGAGAAUCCAAGGAAUUGACAAUGAUCAUGGUUAUUUAUGUGGCACAAUGGAAGCACUAAACGUCCCCUUAGCAGAUACCCCUGUAGUUACUUUCUGGGAGGGAGAACUUGUCGAUGGAAGGAAUUACACCUUUUUCACUGGAAAGUGGGAAGCAACGCCAGAGGAUGAUAUUAGACAUUGGUUGAAAUUUCAAUCUUUUACUCCCCUAUUGAGUCAGGUUGAGGCUGAUGGAGGCAAAAAUUUGGACCUGAGUAAUUAUCCAUACAUAUUUAUGAGAUGGAAAGAGCAGUACUUUGUAAAUGUUGGAAUAGACUGCGGCCUAACCAUCGCCGGCUUCUACUAUGUUUGCUUUUCGUGUAGUGACGGUUCUAUUAAUGGUUUCUAUUAUGACCCAAAUAGCAGCCCUUAUCAGAAGCUCGAGCUGAAAUGCAUCCCGGGAGGUACUGCAGGUUUUACCUUCUCUUCGUAUCAAUUGAGUUAGGUGCCAUAUUUUAGGAAAUGUGCCAAUGUAAGUGCUCUCAUCUUGCAAAACUUCUUUGCGCAAGGUUUUCUUUACCUUGUGAAAGAUGUAAUAGGCCGUAUUAAUCUCUUAGAGUUUGCUUUUGAAUAGAGAGAUCUUUGUUCUUUUUUUUAAGAAAAAAGGUGUCCAUUUGUGAAUUAACAGUUGCUGAUUGAUGAACUCCACUGCUGAAGCUACAGUUAAUUGUGUUUUUUCUUCAUCAAAUGUGUUACUCUUCCUUUGCAUUUGACAACUUACUUUAACCUUUUGACAAUAUUAUUUGUGCAUAGUUGUUUCAUUUCACCGUCAUAUUGUUCAUGCAAGUAAAUAAAAUCUGUCCUCUCGAAUGAGUCCAGUGAUUAGCGCAUGAAGUGUUGUCAUUAUGAGAUCUGAGUUUUAAAUCUCGGCAGAAUUGAGAUAAAUGUCUCCUUUAUGUGGUAGUCAUUAUUUCAAAGGUUGGUAGCUGUUCGUGAUUUAUCUCCUUCGUAUUGGUCUAGAUAUCUUUUGUUGUUAAAUUUAGAAAAUGAAAGAAUAAUUAGAAUAAAUUAAUCAUUUAGAGUCGAAGAAUGUUGGUACUUGAGAAUUUAGGUGGCGUCUGAAAUUCAGAUCGUGACCGUCAAUAGACAAUCCAAUGGCGGCUCUUCGCUUAGAAUUAAAGAUAUCGUUGCUUCCUUGUCCAAGGGGAUGAGCAGAUGAAAGGAUGGCAACCGUAGCAGUCGCAUCUCCGUUCCAGCUCCACCUCGUCUCGCCUCCCAAAUUCUUCUCCACCCACAAUCUCUACCUCAAUGGAAGGAGAAGCGCUCCACUCUCCUCUCCUCCUCUAUCUCCGAGGAGGAGAAGACCUGGGGGCGGCGAUUGGUUCCAAAGCUCUCGAUUUGGGCGGAUUGCAGCCGUCGCGGAAGAAGCUCCGCCGCCCGCUGCGGACGCAGCAAUCGAGAAGGCUCAGCAGAUGAUCCCUGCCGCCGCCGCCGAGGACAGCGCUGCAUCCGCCAUCAUCUCUAUUCUCCUCUUCGUCGCCUUCGUCGUUCUCUCCGUUCUCACCAUUGGGGUGAUCUACCUGGCGGUGCAAGAUUUCCUGCAGAAGAGAGAAAAGGACAAGUUUGAGAAGGAAGAGGAGGAGGAGAAGAAGAAGAAGGGAGGUAAGAAGGCAAAGGUGAAGGCAAGGUCAAGGUCUGGCCCAAGAGGCUUCGGCCAGAAGGUUGAAGAAGAUGAAUACUAGUGAGCGUUGAGAUCAUCCAUCAAUUGUGCCCAUUGCAUUUUGUCUAGUCUAGUGAGUGACCUUAAAGUUAAGUGGGUGUUUGUUCUUCAAGUUAAGUGUGAUGGAUUUUGAGACUGGGAAUUUCCUCUUUUUUUAAUGAAGUUCACUUUGAUCUUGA